AUGACAGAGAUAGUUCACAGCCACAUCAGUAACUCCAUUAUGUCCAAGUCAUCGUUUUUUGUUGGUGUAUCAGCACCGGCUGUGUCGAUGAAAACCAAGUUUUUACUAGCCUCUCUUGGUCCCACAAUUGAUAUACCAUUAGUGGAUAUUAAUCGAUCGGUAGGAAAAUGGGUCUUACAAAGGUCAUCUUUCUUUGUUGGUGUAUCAGCACCGGCUGUGUCGAUGAAAAUCAAGUUUUUACUAGCCUCUCUUGGUCCCACAAUUGAUAUACCAUUAGUGGAUAUUAAUCGACCGGUAGCAGAUGCAGUUAUGGAUGUCGACGAGAAUAUCAAUUCAAAUGAUCAUAUGUCCGAUUAUGAUGAACAAGAACAAAAUUCAGAAGAACAGGAAGAUGCCAAUGAUGAUGAUUGUGAUGACGAAGACGACGACGACGACACAACUGAUCAAGACAAGAAGAGUGAUGAUGAUACACUUUAUGAAAUUACCUAUCAACAACAAGAAGCAAUGGAAAAGCUAUCGAAUUUGUUUCGAAUGCUGAAUUCGAGCCCAAUUCAUGACCACUCCAAUGUAGUUCCAAUUCGUCGUCAAGUCGACCAGGUGUACACAAACCUUCAGCAAAUGUGCGAUGUUCUUGAAGGACAAAUGGAUAAGUCGAUACAAACUAAUCCUCAUGAACUUCGGGUUGAAGAAUCCUAUGAAUUGAUUACUGGAUUGAAGAAAUUAUUCAAUGAGAGCAGUCCAGCUGAGCAGGUUGACCAUUGCCCCGAAAAACUGAGGUCGUAG